AUGGCAUCCAACAUGAGGAAGGCAUCUCUCCGCGAGACACUGUCCAUCGCCCACACCGCCGAGUGCAAGCUCCACCUAGCCGUAAACCGUCCGGACAGAGACCUGAGGUUCAUGCUCGGGCACGCGCUCACACUUGACUCGGUCUCAUUGCGAUUAGUCGAGAUUGAAAAAGAAGUCGCCACAAUCCAGCAACCCAGCCAUGCCACUGGCAUCAAGUUCCAGGCCGCUAAUAACUGCCCGACGAAGCGGAAGACGAGUCCGCCUCCAAAUAGGCUCAGCGAGAUGCACGCCAGCGACGAGGACGAGGAAGACGAGGAGGAAGACGACUACAUAAGCAGCGACGACGACCAGGACGAGCUGUCGCUGAUGCGAUUCCCCUCCGGAUCCGCGAAGCCGCCGCAGGAGCCACCGGAUCUUGUGCCGUCAGAAGAGGACUCGUCGGAUGAGGAGGGUCCGCCGUCUCCAGAGCUGCCGAGCGAGGACAUGCUGCGCGAUAUUAUGAAGGGAGAUGGAGAUGAGGGUCUCAUGAAUGCGUAUGCGGGUGUGAAGAAGUGUCCGUGUCAUGGGCACCAUGAGGAUGCGCCGAAGAUACAGAGGAUGUGGGAAAUACCAACGAGAGAGGGCGAGCAGAGGGCGGAUGGCGUGAGAAUGGCUGUGGCGGAGGUUGCGGCGUGAAAAGCUGGUACCUAAUAAAGAGGCGUUUGAAAGAGGG